ACAGACUCAUGUUGAGUACUAGUUUACGGGAUUUACCGUUAACAAAACACCUUAUAAGAUUGUUUAGUUGCUGAAAGCGUCGUGGAAUUUAAAUUACGGAUUUUAAAAAGUGAUUCUUUCGUUUUAAUUUACACCUAGAUUUUUUUGGGCUAAAAACGCUGGAUUUUGGGAGAGAAUUGUCCAAGACAACCAUUAACUAUCCUCGUCGUGUAAUACAAAGAGGGUUAGUUUUAUACAAUUUGUCUUUUUGCAUUCGUCAAUUUUGAAUAGGAGUCUCGACGGUUUGGAUUGAUUUCGGAAAAGUAAUACCCUUGUACUUUACGGAGACAUCUCUUGACAAGUCGACUUUGAUUAUUUUCGUUUAUUUUUUUUUAUUUUCUUUGUGCAUUUACAUAUGGGUAUUCUUUGAACGGUUUUCUAUCUUUUUACUGUACCAAUACACUGCUCAGGCUGCCGUUAUUUUGAAAGGGAACUUUAUCCGUAUCAUAUAAAUUAGUGUAUUGCUCUUUAUUUAUUUCUAUUAUAUUCAAUGGCAAAAAGACAUAGAACUGGAGAUAGUGAUUCGGAUACGAAUGAUUCCUCUUCCUAUUAUCAUAGGAAAAGAAAGCAUUUACAUCGUCGCCGAGAUUACCACGAACCCGGGAAAAAUAUUAGCAUUCUUGAACGAAAAACUCAAAAAUUAACCUACCUUAUUAAACAUUAUUUGGAAGAAUCCAAUCUAUUUUCCAAAGAUGAUAUCACUGCUGUCCUACCUGGCUAUAUUCAUGGUAGGUUGGAAGGCCUUUAUGAAAUGUUAAAAAAUCGUAACGAUACUUUACGGUCAGGUGCUUUUAAAUCCUCUGACUUACCAGAUUAUGAAGUGAACCCUUCUCUACCUGUUUCUGAAAACAAUACAGCUAACCAAGAGCAAGAAGAAGGAGAAUACCCUCCACCUCUACCGGAUCUGCAUUCUGAAAAGCUUCGAAGACAAGUUUUCACCCAUAUUUCCCGAGCCUAUGAACUCUACCCAAACCAAUCAAAUCCUAGCGAGCUUCUUGAUAUUCAUAAUGAAAGACUAGAAUUCCUUGGUGAUAGUUUCUUUAAUGUGUUUACCACUAGAUUAAUUUUCAAGUCAUUCCCUCAAAUGGAUGAGGGUAAUUUAUCGAAACUUCGAGCCAAGUUUGUAGGGAAUGAGUGCGCUGAUCAAUUUUCUCGAUUGUAUGGUUUUGAUAAAAGGCUUGUAUUAAGCUACUCUGCUGAGAAAGAUCAACUUCGUAAAUCUCAAAAAGUGAUUGCAGAUACGUUUGAAGCCUACGUCGGUGCAUUGAUUCUUGACAACCAAGAAGAGGCUGCGUUCAAUUGGGUUCGACAGUUGCUUGAUCCAAAAAUUAAAAGUACUAUCGUUCAAGGACCCAUAGAUAAACUUGCCAAGUCGAAGCUAUUUCACAAAUAUAGCACUCAAGGUCACAUAGAGUAUCGUUGGGUAGAUGGAGCAGGAGGUUCCUCUGAAGGAUAUGUAAUAGCAUGUAUAUUUAAUGGCAAAGAAGUUGCUCGAGCUUGGGGAGCAAACCAAAAGGAUGCUGGUUCACGAGCGGCUAUGGAAGCUUUAAAGGUUCUUCCAAAACAAAGAUGAUGCUCAGUAUGUUUUACACAUUAUAUGAUGACUUCGUCUGAUUUGCAGAUUCAACUUUCUCUGAAAAUUCCUAGACACUACCAUUCAAACUUCACUUACUAUCCUUAAUCUUUAUUAUAUACAUUUGGAAUAUUAGGUUUAGUAAACAGAAUGUAUUUUGUUUUACUGAUUUUUAUACUUAA